AUGGGGUCAAGUUCUAGCAAUUCUGACCAACUUUCCCAGCUGAGCAGAGCGGUCUCGACCACUGCAUCUGCGAUUUUCGGAUCGCAAACCAUGGAAGAUACAAUCUUGUCAUACAGCAGUCCGUACAAAAAACUCUUGCAUCAAACGAUCACACACUCCGGAUCGAGCAAUGCACUUACGAAACUGCGCACAUCGGCCAAUCCGUUCAAAAAAGAGGACAACAAGGCGUUCCAGGACAUUUAUUCUGCGGCCAAUGGUCGAUCAUUUUUCGAAAACCAGUUUAGCAACACAAAGACUAGCUUCAGAGUGCUCAGCUACCUGAGUGAAGAGCUUUUGUACGAUAUACCGAGUAGUGGUAAACUCCAUCACAGUCGGGGAAGACACUCCAAGAAGUUUUUGAAGGAAAACGGUGAAGAUGAGGGAAAUCAAGAAAGCAGCACAACACCGGAAGAGCCAUCACUGUUUCAAGGAUUCGAAUCAUCGCUGCCGACCAUCGAUGAAAUGAUCACCACGGGCCCUCGGGCAAAAACUGCUCUACUUGAAAAUGGCGAAAACAGCGCAAACGAUGCCAAUGCCAAUUUUUCUCUUCCAGCAGAGAUCGAUUGGGACGAAGUGAACACCACAAAUUCUCUAAGCGUGCUGAAAGCCGCAUCACAGACUCUUUUGGACGGCUUGGAUCUCUUGGAAAUACAGAAAAACCUAGCCGCAAGCGAGAUCAAAGAGAUCGACUCGAAGCUCGAAAGACUGAAAAUGGUGCGUGAGCUGAUCUUCAAAAGGGUAGCAAGGGUCGAUCAGAAUGAAAUUUUUUACGAAAAACAUUUGGCAGUGGUAAGACAACGGCUUGAUCUGGUGGAAGCUAACGAACUCGAUAGUCAAGAUUCCGUGGCGGAGGAAGAGCUGUCAGAACAGGAACAAUCGAACACCGACAUCAAGAAAGAUUUGCAAGCUAGUCCUGCAAAGCAUAGUCACGAUGCAGGAAAUGAAAGCGACGAGGACGAAUCAACGUCUGCUCUCAUGAGUAAAUCUAUUUAUCAGAAAGUCAGAAGCCGGCACGAGCGUCGGGGCUCCAGAACUUCAAAGAGCUCCAAUCUUCACAAUGGCUCCUCAAAAAACAAAUUUCACAGCGGUAACAGACGCCGAAAGACCUAUCCUACGUUACAGCAGUUUUAUGAACCGGGGAGUAAGAUUUUGGCUUUACCACAAGCUCACGACGACGGCAUCACUUGUCUGGAUUUUGACAUGCCGUUUGGAACCAUGAGCACAGCGGGAAAGCUUGACCACUGCGUGAAAAUAUGGAAUCUCAGCAAAGGAACUCAAACCGGAAGUCUUUCGGGUCACUUGGCGUCCGUAAGCUGCAUGCAAAUGGACGAAUCAUACACCUUGGUCACGGGUGGACGUGAUGCAUUGCUAAAGGUUUGGGACAUUGAAAGGGCCGAGGAAGUCUUUCAGGAGCAAGACGCACAGGAGGAAGACCAGACAGAAUUGUGUCUGCACACGUUUGACGCUCAUGUGGACGAAAUCACCGCGCUGCAUUUUGAGGGCAGCACUUUAGUAUCGGGUUCGCAAGAUCGCACUAUUCGUCAAUGGGAUCUGUAUGCUGGCAAAUGCGUGCAAACCAUCGACAUAGAUUUUACGAACCGGGGCACAUCCACAGGACUUUCUUCAAUCAGUUCGCAGAAUCCAAGCAGCAACGUGCUCCUCACGCAUAAUGAACCUCCAGUCAUCGGCGCAUUACAAUUUUACGAUGCUGCUAUGGCUACCGGUACUAAAGACGGUGUUGUACGUUUGUGGGAUCUCAGAUCUGGACAAGUUGUCCGGGCGCUCGAGGGUCACACUGACGCUAUCACGGGCCUGCAGUUCGAUUCUGUGAAUCUGGUGACGGGCUCACUUGACCGCAGUAUCAGAAUAUGGGAUCUCCGCACAGGGCUCUUGGCGGACGUAUUUGCAUACGAUCGUCCGAUCGGCAGCUUGGAGUUCGAUUUCAACAAAAUUGUCGCUGCAGACAACGAAAAUUGUGUGAGAAUUUACGACCGCAAGGAUGGUCGCAAAUGGAAAUGCGGCGACGAAGAGGGCGACGCAGCUGGGGUUGCAAAUUCAGAUACCAGUCUAGUAGAAGUUGUCCGUUACAAGAAUGGCUAUUUGAUCGAAGGUCGCACUGACGGUACGGUCAAUACAUGGGCUAUCUAA